AUGAAGUACUCAUUCAGUCUCGCCGUUGCGGCUUUGUGCGUUGAAAGCAGUGUUGCAACACCGCUUAACCUAGAAGCCAGACAACAAGGCAGCGGCGCAGGCCCUUACGCUCCGGGCACUUACAAGACCGAAAGCUCUCUCCAAGGCCACACAAUCUACUACCCGACCAAGAGCACUGGGUCCGAGAAGCUCCCUGUCCUCGUCUGGGGCAACGGUGCAUGCAGCACCGACGGCCGCUCCAACUCGGCUCUCUUGCAGAACAUCGCCAGUUACGGUUUCCUGGCUAUCGCUGAGGGUGGCCCCAACGGCGGCGGUACCUCCAAUGCUCAGACCAUGAAACAGGCCAUUGACUGGGUCACCCAGAACGCCGGCAAAGGAAACUAUGCCAACGUCGAUGCGAGCAAGAUCAUGGCUGCAGGCUUCUCAUGCGGUGGUGUCGAAGCCAUCGACAACAUCUGGGAUAGCCGCGUCGACACCAUCGGAGUCAUCAGCUCAGGUCUGCUGACAAACUACACUGCGGCCAGCGACAUUGCCUACCCGAACGGCGAGCGUGACUACAAGAACAUGCCUGCCGGAGUUCCAACCUGGAAGGGCAACAUUCCCGUCGGCCACGGCGGUACACUCGGCGAUGCUAAUGGCGGCCGUUUUGGCAAGGCGAUCCUCAACUGGAUGCUGUGGACAAUGAAGGGAAACACACAGGCGGCGUCUUACUUUACCAGUGGUUACCAGGCUGAUGGAUAUCAAGUCGAGUCUAAGAGCUUGAACUCGUUGAAGCCGUUCUAA